GCCCUCGAUGGUUUGACACCUCUAUUAAAUUAACAGAUUUUAAUAAACAAGACAACUCGCGUAUUGUUGAGGUGUUUGGAACAAAGAAAAUACUCAUAUAGCAAGGAACAGCAAUGCAAAGCGUCCUCAACAGCGUGAAGGGCACAGCUCUAAAUGUGGCCGAAUAUUUAACGCCAGUACUAAAGGAGUCCAAGUUUCGAGACACUGGCGUACUGACGCCCGAGGAGUUUGUGGCAGCGGGCGAUCACCUGGUUCACCAUUGCCCAACCUGGCAGUGGGCGGCGGGGGAUGAGACGAAAACAAAACCGUACUUACCGAAGGAUAAGCAAUUCCUGAUAACUCGGAACGUGCCAUGCUAUCGACGCUGCAAGCAAAUGGAAUAUGUGGGCGAGGAGACCCUGGUAGAGGAGGAAUCCGGGGACGGGGGCUGGGUGGAGACACACCAGCUUAACGAUGACGGCACCACACAGCUGGAGGAGAAAAUCUGUGAACUGACAAUGGAGGAGACGAAGGAUGAGAUGCAUACUCCAGAUAGCGACAAGUCGGCCCCAGGCGAUGCUGUUGACGGCGAGGAUGAGGACGAUGAUGAGGCCAUAGACAUGGAUGCGUUCGAGGAGAGCGGCAUGCUGGAUCUAGUAGACCCAGCCGUGGCAACCACUACACGAAAGCUGGAAGCAGAGCCAAAGUCCAGCACCGUGGCUGCCACCACUUCCGAGGCCAGUGGCGACUCUGUGCUCCACACGCGCACCUACGAUCUGCACAUCACCUACGACAAAUACUAUCAGACGCCACGCCUGUGGGUCGUGGGCUACGACGAACAGCGCAAGCCGCUAACCGUGGAACAAAUGUACGAGGACGUCUCGCAGGAUCAUGCGAAAAAGACUGUCACCAUGGAAUCGCAUCCGCAUCUGCCGGGUCCUAAUAUGGCCUCGGUGCAUCCCUGUCGCCACGCCGACAUCAUGAAGAAGAUUAUCCAGACAGUCGAGGAGGGCGGCGGCCAGCUGGGCGUGCAUUUAUAUUUGAUAAUAUUUCUGAAGUUCGUUCAGACCGUAAUACCCACCAUCGAGUAUGACUUUACGCAGAACUUUAACAUGUCCUAAGCCCUGCAGAAGGCAUCUCCAAGUGGGGCAGCAGAGAGUUAAACCCUGUAAUACGCAACAUUGAAAAUAAUCGAACGAGUAGAUGGUCGAAUAAAGCUUUGGGCAAAGACAACAACAACUAUAA